AUGCAAUUCCAUACAAAAACAGUGGGUUGGUUGGAUUCCACGGGAAGUUAUCAUCUCAAUCAGAUUCUUCUACAGAAUCGAAAUGGUCCUUGCUUUAUUAUCUCAUUUAUCAAUACGCUUAUCUUAAGUCUUGAGUUGAAGGAAGACCAAGAUUGGCAUACAGUUAAAUCGAAAAAUCAGAGACAUAAGAAACAGUCGAUCCAAUCUUCUGUUACAGCUCAAAAUUCACUGGUUACAGAGUCAGAUUUACGAUCUUUGAAGGAGUUGAUUUCAUCGAAGAAUUUAGUUAGUUUAGAUUCUUUAUUAUAUGAAGUUUCCAAUCUGCUUCUAGAAGUGGCAAAUGAAGGAGAAGAACGUAUUGAUUUAAGCGAUAUUCUUAAUGUUUUACCACUACUUAGUACAGGACUCAAUGUAAAUUUGAAGUUUGAUCAACCAAUAGUGACGGAUUUUGAGGAAGAAACUAAGGCUGUAACACAAUUGAUGGAUUUUUUCGGACUUAAGAUGAUCCAUGGUUUUUUAAUGGAUGAUGGAAAAGAGAAGUUAGGCUCAGAAGUAGCCUUCGAUAAGGCUCAGGAAUUUAUGGUCAAGAUACUUGAUAAGUAUCCCGAGUUGAAAGAAGAUGAUACAAACCCUGAAGUUGUCAAGUAUUUCACCUUAAAGAGGUUUUUUGAGGAUAAUCGAACUCAGUUGACAAAACAAGGAUUGAAACAACUUGAAGGAACAUCAUCAGUAUUGAGAAAUAACGAGUUCGCGAUAUUCUUCAGGAACGACCAUUUCAAUACCAUUUACAAGAAGGAAAAUAAGCUAUAUACUCUGGUUAGUGAUGAGGGUUAUAAGGAUGAAAGUGAGGUUGUUUGGCAGAUGCUAGGGGAUGUGAAAGGUGAUGAAGAUGACUUUUUAACUGGCAAUUUUACCAAGCCUGAAGUACAGGAGACUAAGCGGACAAAUGAAGGUGCAGAGGGUGCGCCCGGUGCAGAAGGUGCAGAAGGUGCAUUUUCCGCGGGGGCAUUUUCCGCGGGGGCAUUUUCCGCGGGAGCAGUUUCCGCGGAAGAUCCAUUUUCCGUAGAAGAUGAGAUUUUAGCGAAGCAACUACAGCAGGAGGAAGAUGCACAAAUAUCUAGAACUUUACAGAACGAGUUUGAUAAGGAGGCUGAUGACAGGGGGAAAAAGAAGAAGAGAAAGAGGAAGCAGAAGCAGGACUCAAGGAAGCAGAACUCGAGGAAGCCAGAUUCCAAAGAACAAGAUCCCAAAGACAACCCCAAAGAUGGUUGCACUAUAUGCUGA